AUGUUUUUCAGUCAAGGUAUCUUCUGUGGUAUAUCCAACACUUGGGAUUCUUUGCUAAAAGACACAGAGGCUGAGGCUAAGGAAUUAUUAGAAAUUUCCCAGAAACUUGUGAGUAGUAUCAGUGUUCCAUUGUUUGAUCGAGCAUCCAAGAAAAAAAAUCUAUUGAAAAAGAUAUUUACAUAUAGAGAAAAUCUUGAAAUUCAACUUGAUAAGAAAGAAGACUCACUAAAUAAGUGCUUAAAAGAUUAUACAGAAUCAUGGAGCAAGUACAAACUUUAUUCUAAAGAUCCACAAAAGGAGCAACAUGUGUCAACCAUCUGCUUUAAUUGUCACAAUGAUUAUGUGUGGCAACUUUCAGGAUUUAAUAAAUCAAAUGAAGUUUUGUAUGAGAUACUCAUACCUGAACUUCUUAAGGAUUGUCAAGACACCUUAAAUGACAUUGGUGUUUCAUAUUCUUCUCUAAUGCUGAAGUUCAAUGAUAUACAACAAGAAAAAUUAAAAAAUCGUCUAGAAAAUAUGCAAGUAAUUAAAGCUAUGUUCUCCUCCAUCAAUGCACAUAAUGACAUUUCAAAUUAUGUUCAAACACUUGAUUCCUGCUCAUCAAAAGUUCCUUUUCGAUCACAUGACAGCCCUGAUGACACACAGACGACGGAUCCACUUGGUGUAAAAAUUUUACUAAAUCCGUUGACAGAACCUGCUUUGAAACGAAAAUAUUAUUUAAUGAGUGAAAAGCUUUCAGAUGUUGUCAAUCUGGUUGACAAAGACCAAACAGCUUUGAAAUCUCUCAUGCAAUUAAAGAACAGUUAUAUUGAUAAUCCAUCUUAUGGUAAUCCGGAUGGAAUGCACGAAGAUGUUUUAAAAAAUGAUUUUGAACUAAAACAGAAACGAUUGCAACUAGCUGUUCUUACUGCACAGCUGAAGUUAUUUUCAAAUGAUAUGGUUCAAGAGAUGGGUCCCAUGGAAAGCGCUAUCGAUAGCGAGGAAAACGAAACAAAUGCCUACUCUGUUGUUGAAAGAGAGAAUGAAAAAGCAGCACAUCAAUUUGUUCCUUAUGCUGUGAAAAAACCUGGUUUAUGUGCUUAUUGCAAAGGAGUUCUUUUUGGUAUUGGAAAACCUACUGUACGCUGUAAAAUUUGUAAAUUAAUCGUUCAUCAAAAAUGUGAAAUUAACAUGCCUUAUUGUACAGGUGCUCCCCAACAGCGUCCACUUUCGAAAUUCCUUGCGCUAAGAUCAAAAUCAAUCGACUCAAGAACUUCGGUGUAUGAAGAAGAAAACGAUGAAGACAAUCAUUUAUACUCAGACAUUGGCACAGCACAUGUAACAGUGAAGCCAAAACGACGUCACAGUGGUAAAAUUGCUGAGGAAAGAUCUAUAUUCGUUAACGGAAGUUAUGGUUCAUCGGCUAAUAUUGUUCCAUCACCACCUGUGAUUCCUGCAAAGCCGCCGUUAAAGAAGAAACCUCAACAAUGUGUGAUCUUAUAUGACUAUGACGCGACAUCAGAAGGAGAUCUCACUGUAAAAGCUGGACAAAGGAUGACUUUAAUCAACAGCUCAUCGUCAGAUUGGUGGGAGGGUUCAUACAAAGGAAGUGUUGGAUUUUUUCCAGCAUCAUAUGCUAUGAAAGUCCGAGAAAAAGAAGUUAUUCUAAAAUGCCUGUACGAUUUUGAUGGUGAGGAAGAAGAUGAACUAUCUAUUUCAGAAGGACAGAUACUCGUGCUUAUAGAGGAUGAAGGCAACGGUUGGAUGGUUGGACGAGCGGUUGAUGGUGAAGGAAUUUUUCCUUCCACAUACGUGGAAAGAUUUUCCAAGAUCUAGUUUUUUUGUGUCACAUGACUGGUAUUUUAUAGAAACAUGAGAAUCUACAGGAUCGUCCUGGUGUAGAAGUGGGAAAAUUUUUAAAAAAGACCCAAAGGAAGUAGAAAGGGAAAAUGUGUCUAUAGUUCACGAACAAAGUGUUCAAAAUUUGAUUGUGUUGCAGGUCCCCUAAUUUCUCUAAACGGCCCUAAAAAAUCUGGAACACGUGUUUUUCAUUUGAGUUUUGACAUUUGAAAGAUAUUUUCACUUGUAAAAAUAAGUAUAUAAUAUUUAGAAUGCAGUUUUUGUAAAUAAAAUGGAAUCGCCAUA